UUCAGGAUGCUUGUGACGAUAAUUCAUCCGAAUUUGGGUAUUGGAGGAGCGGAAAGAUUGGUUGUGGAUGUAGCGGUUGCGAUGAAACGAAAUGGUCAUAGAGUACAAUUCGUUACAAAUUAUUUCGAUCCCAAGCAUGCAUUUAUGGAAACUACAGAAUUUGAUAUCAAAGUUAUUGAUAUUUUUCCACGGUCAUUUUUCGGAUUUGGGCAUGCUUUGUGUGCUUAUGUCAGGAUGUGUAUCGCGGCUUUAUAUAUUUGCAUAUUUCUGAAAAAAUCAGAACUCAUAUUUUCUGAUUCUAUUUCUUCAUGUUUAUUGAUUUUUCGGAUAUUUCGAUUACUUGGUUUAUUCAAUGCACCAACCAUUUUCUAUUGUCAUUUUCCGGAUCAACUGCUAACAACGAGAAAGAGGAUGAUAAAGAAAUUCUACCGUGUUUUCAUUGACUGGUUUGAAACGUGGACAACAGCAAUGGCCGAUUUAAUUUGUGUGAAUAGUGAAUUCACGAGUAAAACUGUGAGUGAAACAUUCCCAUGCAUUCGUGCUCGACGUAUUCAUGUCCUUUAUCCUACACUGAAUACCAAAUUUUUUGAUAGUGGUAGAGGAGCUGAAUUGAAUGAAAUUCCAAAGAAAGCGCGACAUAUUUUCGUAUCAAUCAAUCGAUAUGAAAGGAAAAAGAAUAUUGGCCUUGCAUUAGAAGCUUUUAGUUUACUUCAGGGAAAGAUUCCGCGAGACGAUUAUCGGUGCUGUUUUCUUAUUAUUGCUGGUGGCUAUGAUAUCAUAAAUGACGAGAACAUUGCACAUUUUGUCGAAUUACGGGAAAAUGCAAUUGCAUUGGGCCUGCCCAGAGAGCAAUAUGUAUUUCUGAAGUCACCAACCGACGAAGAGAAGCUUGAAUUAUUGAGGCGUGCGACAGCAGUACUAUAUACGCCAAGCAAUGAACAUUUUGGCAUUGUACCUGUGGAAGCGAUGUAUAUGAAAUGUUGUGUGAUUGCACCAAAUAGUGGUGGACCACGCGAAACUAUUAUUGAUGGAGAAACAGGAUUUUUGGUAGAGGAAAAUCCGAAUUCAUUUGCAGAAAAGAUGGCGGAACUUGUAAGAGAUCAAGGUAGAGCUGAGGCUAUGGGUAAUGCUGGUCGUAAAAGAGUUGAGUCUGUCUUUGCGAUGGAUAAUUUCGUUGUGCAACUGGAAAGUUUAAUACAUGAAGUUUUACCUAAUGGUUACAAAUAGCGUAGAAAAUAUCAUCUUGUUUAAUAAGAUCAGUAGGAUUUUUCUGUUUAAUGGCUAUUUAUGUUUAACAGGAAUAUAACUGUUUUCGGAGAUUGGCCAUAAAUUUCGAAAACAAGUUUUGUGUGCUAAAUUCUUGAAAAAUUUUCCGGGAUAAU